GUGACUCCAAUGCUGCUUUGUUUGACAUCAAGUGCGAUUUGUUUGAUCGUCUUGAUUAGAUCGAAGUUUUUAAACCAUUACCUUGCGAUUUUGCGUGAAACUCGGGGAGCGUAGCUGCAACAGUACGUUCCGCAGUGCUUGCGUGCAACCGGCACAUUUUGACAUGCCCGUGUAGUCUCAUUCGUAUACGUCGCUAUGUUUCGAAGCGCCCUGUUAGGUAGCCGAUGUCGCCUUUUAAGAAUUCCAAGUCGCGUACGGCGCAUUCAUUCCCACUCCAGCUCGUUGUAUGUCCAUUGGCCGUACUGCGAAAAACGCUGCACCUACUGCAACUUCAACAAGUACAUCAGCCGGAACGUUGACCACGAUGUGAUGACCGAGUGCCUCGUUCGGGAGUUGACGACAGUCGUCCGUAGUAGCAGCAUUUCUACGGUCACGACGGUGUUCUUCGGUGGAGGCACUCCGAGUCUGAUGCGGCCUCGGGACGUGGAACGCGUCUUGCAAGCUGUCACCCGGCUCACGGCGGCACCGGUUGCAGAGGUUACGUUGGAGUGCAACCCGAGCCCUGCUGCGAAAGACAACCUCAGUGACUUAAAAGACGCAGGGGUCACACGACUGUCUAUUGGCAUGCAG